AUGACUUUAAUAGCUACAGAAAAUUCACAAAAUCUAUUAGUUAGCCACGUUAAUGGGAUUGAAAAAGAUUUGCUAAAUCUAAAAAUUCUAACAGAUCAAAAAGCUCAAGAAACUCAAGAAGCUCAAGGGAUGCUAUUAGAAAUACUAAGCAUACCAUACCUAUUUAAUCUAAAAAAUCUGAUUUUAAAAGACUUUAUAGCCGCUCAAAAGAAUCUGGUAGACCAAGAAGUUUUAGCAGAGGAACAAGCCCUAAAAAUUAUAAAAGUUCUACAAGUUCAAAUAUCUCAAGAAGAUAUGCAAACUUUAGAAAAUAGAAAAGCUCCAAAAGAAGAUCUACCAGCUCAGAAAGCUGAAGAAGCUCGAUUACUUCAAAAAGAUCAAUCAUCUUAA